CCAGAAACCUCAAGAAAAAAUGUUACAGCAUCGGAAGUAAAAGUUGGCCCAAUCGAAUGGCGCCAACAAUUCCACAAACACUAAGGCCACUGUUAAGCCAGCACAGAACAACCACAGCAACAGCCAAAUUCCUCAUAUCUCGCAACCCAGCACAUAAAUGGACCAACACAAACAACAACAACAACAAUGCUCUCAGUUCUCCUAGACUCACCUAUUUCCAUCGUCCUCAUCCUCACCUUAUUCCUGAUCAUCUUCCUCUUUCGCUUUGCCAUCGUUUUCUUCUUCUUCGUCAUCCUCUUCGUCUUCUCCGUCGGCUUUGUUCACCUCCUUUUAGAAUUUCUCUGACCCUUAUGACCACUUCUCAGGCCACCGCGUCAGACUCCACACAGCCCUCAAACAAAACGGUGAGGGUUGUGAUAAAGGGGCGGGUACAGGGGGUGUUUUAUAGAAACUGGACAGUGGAGAAUGCGACCCAAUUGGGGCUGAAAGGUUGGGUGCGGAACAGGAGGGAUGGCUCUGUGGAAGCUCUAUUCUCUGGGAACCCUGAUGUGGUCCAGGAGAUGGAGCAAAGGUGUCGCCGAGGUCCACCGGAUGCAAUGGUUACUGGGCUUGAGGUAUUUCCUAGCAGUGAUGAUCCUGGUUCUGGAUUCAAGCGCAAACCAACUGCCUGAUCAACCCAUUUAAAAACAUAGUACCAUUUGCUGUGCUAGUAUGUAUACUCUUUUCCUCUACAUAAAUUAUACAGCAAAACUAUAAAGGAAACAUAUUUUAUUAGUUGUGAAUCGGUGGUUAUCUUGUUCAAUGACAUGCUUCUGAAUUAUUAUAUUUAUAUUUAUUAUACGUCAGCUUGUGAAUAUUUGGUUUCUGUUCA